GAGCAUGAUUCAACGAAGAAUGAAAUAAAAAUUGAGACAGACUCCCAGAGCUCAUAUAUGGAAACAGAAGAGCUCUCACCAAACCAGGAAGAUGACACGACUGUGGAGCAACCAGAAGUGAUCCCACUAACAGAUGACCAAGAAGACAAAGAAGGUGAAAAAGCUCAAGGCGAGGACACACCUAGAGUUCCUGUGCAAAGCGAAGGCUCUGGCUACACAGAAAACUCUCCAAGUCCUGAUGUUGAAAUGAAUAGUCAGGUUGACAGUGUAAAUGACCCAACAGAGAGUCAGCAAGAAGAUUAACUAAUAGGGGCACAAGAUGAAGCAAAGGAACAAAGAAAUGGAAGUCAAUCACGGUCCUCGGCAUUGCAGGCCUCUCCUGGCCCUGGGGGGGUGGGUGUAGGAAGACAGUAGUGAAAGCUGUAGAGCAGGGUGGGUGUGGGGGGGGGGCAAGUCCCAUGGAAGGACAGGGAAUCCUUUGCUCUAAUUUCUCCAGCUGCAUUGUGUUCUGUUUACCUGCAGAAAAAGAAAGAAAGAAAAAAAAAAGAAAAAAGUUUCCUUGAACUUGGUGAGGGGCCCCACAUUAAUGCAUCUUUCAGGCGCUAUCCCUGUAAUUUCUUUUUUUUUCUCUCACGACUUUUCCCAGGGUCACAGUGACACGGUGUAACAUUCACAUGUUUAUCCUGGCCCCUGUCUGCUUUCUCAAUUAUUUCACAAAGCUGGUCGAUACAGUGGUUUCUUCAAAGAAAGAGACAAGAUGAUCGUUUGAUACAUUGCAGGCUAAAUUUCAGGAAUCCUCAAGCUCAAGAUCAGUAUAAUCCACAGACAAAGGAGGCAGGAGAGGAAAAUGGGCAAAAUGCUCAGAAAUCACUUGGAAAAAGGUCAGGACAAUGAAUUGAAAAUGGUAUUUUAUUCAGAGAUUCCCAGGGUACAGUUCUGUUCCAGGUCGUUAAAUGAGGAAUGUGGAAGGAGGAUUUCAUCCAGAGCAGAAUGUAGAGGUGUUACCAUGAAGGCGCGUGCUAGCAGCCUUUGGGGGAUUUCCCUUCUCAGCCAGGCUGCAGGUGCAUUCUUCGGCCCUGACCUUCCGCACAGCUCACCUGGUUCAUGAGAUCUUUAUUGUGUGCUUCGGCAUAGAGCCCACCAAGUGAAAUGUGACUCUUAAUGACACAGUUGGAAGGGAUGACACUCUUCGAGGUGUUUUAGUUAAGAGAGGGGGCUGCUACAUUUAGAAUCCAAACAUAUGCCUAUGAAUAUUAAAAGUUCUACUUGAAAUCUCUUGUUUUAUAUACACUUUUCAUAAAAGAACCUUUUGUCUUUACCCAAGGUUUGAGGGCCCACAGAAAGAUUCUCAUUUGAAGUUAGCUUACAGUUAAUAGUCUGCUUUGUUCAUGCCAAAUCCAAAACUACUUUGAUAGCUCAUCCCCUCUCCCAGAAAUCCCUUGAUUAUGGCCUUGAAGGGGAGAAGCAGCAUUACUAAGCCAAGGUUCCAGUGGUACAGAGGGCACAAGGGAUGAGGAGCCAAGGAGGAAGUCAGAAGUCGUCACAAAUGUCUGUCCCAGAGACAACAUCAACAGCCACCCUCACGAGGCAAAAUGCUGGCUUCCCACAGCUUCCCGAGGUUCUAAGAACAGUCUAUUUUUUUCUGAGGAAACUGAUACCGCUUCUUGCAUAUCAAAUCCACCUUCCUUAUAAGGUCUUUAGAAUUGUAAGUUAUUUAUAUAUAUAUAAAUAUAUAAAUAUAUUUUUUAGUGGAGGGAGAAAAGUAACGGAUCAAAUUGGGUAUUUCUAAAAUCAAAGGGUGUUCUAUUUUCUAAAUAUUCCAUGGAGUUCUUCAGUUUUGCUCUUUCCUCUAUGGAAAAUUCACCUUCUUCUCUUUCUAUGAAUUUUGUUUUGGCCUUUCUGAAUUUGUUGCCCCUCUGGAUGGCUUAUUUGGCAUAUUGAAAUCAUUAGCAAGUUUUAUUUCUGCAUAUGUAAUAUGUUCUAACAUCCUGUAUUAAAAAAAAAAAAAACUGCUUGCCAACCUAACAGCAAUGAUUUUUAAGGGACCUCAUGAUUUUGGAACAUUGCCAUUUCUCUUUCUGCUGUUACUUUACAGCUUGAUAUGGAAAUGGAUAUGUCCCCUACUGCCAUUACACAUCGCUUUCUAGAAAAACAAGGAAAAGUCCCAUUUUAAGUGAUCCGUGAAAUGAUGUCAUACAAAUACUGAUAGUUUCUAUAUUUCAUGCCAUCUUUAUAACUUAAUUGAAAGUCGCCAUCAUUCUGUGAAGGACUGGACAAGAGUGAUCUGCUAGGAGCCCAUUUUCCUGUGACUCCUAAAUGUUAGUGCUACUCAUGCUCAGUAAUGAGUUACAGUUGAAAACAACAUGAUGGAGACGAGGGAUGGGGCCUUCUUAAUGCACAAAGAUGAAAGAGACCUAAUGUCCCUGUUAGGACCCGUGGAGAUUGGAAUUAUUUCAGUCGGGGUGUUCUCUUUAUCAUCCACGACAGCCAUUUUUAUUUCUUCAUUUUAAAUGUGGGUGGGGUAGUAAUGGGGGAGGGAGUUCUCUGCCUGAAAACUGCAGGAAAAGGAAAGAAAUCUUUGAGAACAAAACUAAGAGAAUGAGGAGUAAAUAUCAUAGCCCCACUCCUGAAUUUGUCUAAACUUUUUUUUAUGAUUAGAUUGUGUUUUCAUUUUUGCCUCAUUAUGCCUUUUGGUUGCUGUUUGGUUAUAAGAUUUUAUCCUUAAAACGAACAAUGAAGUUACUUUCCAUUUCAAUAGUAAGAUAUUAAAAAUCUAGCUGUUGGCCAGAUCGAAGACACCUCAACACAGGUAACCCCUUUUUUUCGCUGGUGCUGUCAUUGAACAGGCUAUACAAUGGAAAAUUUGAAAGGCAGAUUGAUUCUGCUGCACAUGAAUCCUGGAUGUCAAUUUCCAACCUCACUUCUGCCAGGCUAUGUGGCAAGAUGGCUUACAGGAGGGAGAGGGGGAGAAAAAUAGCCCCAUAUUAGUCAUGUUUGCAUACAGAGGAUCAAAGUAGGCUCUCAACAUAAUACAGGUAUCCCUGCCUUUUGAAAUUGCAUUAUGCCACUUUGCUUUUAUGAAAGACCUACAUUAGUACCUGCUACUGUUAACCUAAAGAAAUCCGAAGAGGGCUUUCACUUUUAGGAAAACUGCAAGCCUAGGAGAAUGGCCCCUCCCAGCUCCUUCCCUGGGAACUACACUCAAGAGUCUCAGCAUCAAGCCACCAUAGCUUUGACCUGUGUCUGUGAGCAUCUGUACUUUAUCUUAUUUUAUUUUGUGCAUCCAUUAGCAAGAUGUGCCCUGUGGUAUCAGAAAAGGGUCUGGGAAGGCUCAAAAAUAUUUCCAUAUAAAUUAACGGUAAUUGUUUCUUUGCAUUACACCAUUUCGGCUUAAGGAUAGGUUUCAUAGGAACACUACUUUCCCAUAGCAGGAGAAACCUGUAGUCCUAAUUAGAAAGGUAGUCGUUGUAAGAGAGACAAAGGGGCUUUUCCUCUAGCUAGUAACUAUUCAGAUGAUGGACAAGUCUUCUUUCAUAAAAGCUUACAAAGGAGGCAUCCAAAAUACUGUCUGUGAUAGUGGGUCACAUAUUAGUCACCACAGCUAAUUGUAAAUCUUUCUAUGAAAUACUGAAAAGCCUCUUUGUGAAUUAAUACCGUUCUGCUUGAUGCACUUGAUUCGAAAUGACUUUUCUCUGUAUGUGGUGCAUGUCAGCCUUGCUUUGAAAAAUAACAAAGUUAGCAGAAUAUGUUCAAUAUAUUUUCUUGGGGAAUAGGGUUUUUAUCAUAUGAUUCAUUAAGGAUUUGCCUUACCCUGACAUUUGUGAUAUAAAGGAAAAUCAGAAAAAAAAAGUAAUUUUCUUGAUCAAGAUAUGUUUUUACUUAAUGCAAAUAAAUGUAGUCUGUUGCUUGCAAGGAAAAAAAAUGUCUUCUGAUAUCUGGUAUAACCUGCUAAAUAGAAUAAUACGUGCCUCUUUUGUUAAACCAGCAUUUAAAUGCUGGACUGCUUCGAAAUCUGUUUGUUUCUUUUCAUCUGUGCCAUAUGCUAAGAAACUUAAACAACUGUUGCCUUCAUACUAUAUUUGUUAGAGCAGAAUACGAAUAAAAUUGGUUUGAGAGGAUAAGGUGGAA